UGGAGCAGCCAGCAGAGCCAGCAGCACAUUGGCUUGCAACAUGGCGUGGACUCGCCGAGGGACACGACGGCUCUUCCAACACGCAUGGUUAUUGUUGUUGUUGGGACGAGCCCACUAGUUGGCGUGGGACCCGGAGGUCGCCUUCGUAAGGUGGCGGGCAAACCCUUUUUUGUUUUAUUUUACAAUUUUUUACGGACUCCCUAAUCCCACACACCGGCGAGGAGACAAUAGCGGACUGACCGGCCAGAAAUGCCUCGCAUGUGCCGUGACCGUGCGUGUGCGUGUGUGCAUAGACACGGACUGGAAGACCCACGCUGCUCCUAAGCCACCGGAGGAACCCCCGCACCCCCCCAAACAAGGCUGUACAUGGCGGUGAAGAGCGCCACUUGGAUCAUCUCUGCGCUUUUUCUCGUGUGUGCUUCAUCCAAGCAAGAUAAGCCUGUUUCCGUGGAGCUGAGCUGUGGGGCAGGACCCAGCCAUGUGGUGUUGGAGCCGGAGUCCCGCCUCACGCUGGACUGCAACCUGGGGGCCAGCGACACGCCGUUCAACAUCACCUGGUUACGCAACGGCCAACCGCUUCCCCUGGAAGGGAGCGAUGCCCUGCAGUAUGUCGCCAACCGAUCCCUCCUCUUGCUGCCCGCCUCCAAGGAUGGGCCGCCUCCCUGGGGUUUGGAGGGGGGUUACAGCUGCGUAAGUGCCAGCGCACAUGGAGCCCUGAGCAGCCGGACUGUUAACGUUCUGCUGGCAAAGCUGUCCCCCUUCCAUCAAGAGCCCUCGCCGCACACGCUACACGCUGGGGGUACAGCCCGAUUCCAGUGCCGGAUCGAUGGCAUCACCACACCUGUAAUUACGUGGGAAAAGGACAAAGUCGCCCUCCCCGAGCACUCAAGGUUAAUUUCGCUUCCUAAUGGGGUGCUCCACAUUCUGGAGGUUGCCAAGGAAGAUGAAGGCGCUUACCGCUGUGUCGCAUCCAACUCCGCCGGGAGGAACGUCAGUCAUGAAUCCCUGCUCACUGUCACCACAGGCUCUGCAGAAGCCUUGAACACAGUUGUGAUCGUGGCACCGCCUCAAAAUGCCACGGUGGUGCUCGGCCGUCCCGCAGUGAUGGAGUGUAUGGCGCAAGGCCAGCCCAAGCCGCUGGUGUCCUGGAGCAGACAAGACGGAAAGCCCAUUUCCACCGACGUGGUUGUCCUCGCCACAAACCUGGUGAUUCGGGGACACGAGCAGCACCAUGCGGGCGUCUACGUCUGCAGGGCCAACAAGCCCCGCACCAGAGAGUUUGUCACUGCUGCCGCUGAGCUGCAUGUGUCUGCCCCUCCGGUCAUUCUCCAACCCCCGGAGACGGUGUCCCUCUCCCGGGGAAACACCGCCCGGUUCGUGUGCAACAGCUCCGGCGAGCCCGCUCCGCUGCUCCACUGGCUGAAGGACGGCCAGCCCAUUCGGUCGUUCCGACGAGUCAAGACCCAAAACCCCGGAGUCCUGCUCAUCAACCAGCUGGCCCUGGAGGACGCGGGCUACUACCAGUGCAUUGCCGACAACGGCCUGGGGACCGCAUGCGCCACCGCCAAGCUCACGGUCAUUGUGAGAGAGGGUCUUCCCAGCCCCCCACAGCACCUCUCCGUCACCCCGUACUCCAGUACCACGGCCCUGCUCGCGUGGGAGAAACCGGAGUACAACGCGGACCAAAUCAUUGGGUACUCUGUGCACUGCCAGCGUGCUGCAGGUUCUGAUAACGUGGAGUACCAGUUUGCGAUGAACAAUGACACCACAGAGUACCAUGUCAAAGAUCUUCUCCCCCACACUGCCUAUACAUUUUUUGUGGUGGCCUACUCACCCAUGGGGGCCAGUCGCCCGUCCCUGCCAAUCACGGUCGACAUGCUUGAGGACGUACCUAGUGCGCCACCUCAGCUCUCAAUAGCCAGCACAUCCCCGACAGACAUCAGGCUGAUGUGGCAUCCGCUGUCCUCACAGCACAGUCGGGGGGCUGUUACCCGCUAUCGCAUUGAGUACAGCUCUCAGGAUAAAGCCGACACUGUCUUUUCAGUGGAGGUGCCCGGUAACGAGACCCAGUUCACACUCAGAGAGUUGCAGCCCAACCAGGCGUACAGAUUGAGGAUAGCAGCUGGAACAGGUGUCGGCUUUGGCGUCCCAUCCGAGUGGGCUCAGCACCAAACGCUGGCCCCCUACAACCACACCAACCACCGCAUGGUGAUCUUUGCGCCCACUGAGCUGAAGGUCAGAGCCAGAGUGAACACGCUCAAUGUCACAUGGCAUCCCUCGCCAAAUCACACGGCCGUCUCUGGCUACAAGCUGUCCUGCCGAGAGGUGGAAUCUGAGCCGUCAGCCAACGCAAGGAAGGCAACGCAGACUCACAUUGUUAGGCUUCGUAAGAAGGCCAGGUAUCAUCUCCUCACUGGGCUGGUCCCUGACCAGCAGUAUGAAGUGAGCGUUUGGGCAUUCAACAAACAAACUGAUGGAUCAGCUGCGGUGUGGAAAGGAAGGACAGAAAAAGCUGAUAAAGCAACGUCACUACCUAUGCGGCCGCCGCCCUUACCCCCGAGCAGCAUUCUGGCCACGGCUAACACGUCCACGUCCAUCCGUAUCCGUUGGGAGAAACCUCGCUUCAGCACUGUGCGCAUCAUUAACUACACGGUGCGCUGCAGUCCUGCCGGGACCACCAACGCCUCCCUGGUCACCUACCACACCAGUGCCGCUCAGGAGAUUCUGAUUGGCGCCUUGAAACCCUUCACCCGCUACGAGCUGGCAGUGCAGUCUAAUGGAGUGGAUGGGUUGGGACCCUUCAGCAGCACAGUGGAAGAGUCCACCCUGCCUGACCGGCCGUCCUCGCCUCCAGAUGAGCUGCAGUUGAGCGUGUUCGACUCAUCCUCAGUGCUGGUGAGCUGGCGCCCUCCACUGGAGCCGAACGGUGUCAUCGCCAGCUACAGGAUUUUGUACAGCGGCAAUCUCAGCCAACCUGAGGAUAUGUGGAAAAACCUCUCACAGUACGGGAGCAUCACCAGUGUUGUGGUGCGAGGCUUAUCCAGUGGCAGCCGCUACUUUUUCAAGUUGGGAGCGUCGACGGAGGUGGGGCUGGGGCCUUAUUCGCUUGUAAAGGACGUUCACAUUCCCCCUCACCAAUAUGAGCUGGACAUCCAUGCAGUGACGGGCAUCAUCGUCGGUGUGUGUCUGGGGCUUAUAUGCAUCCUCUUCUGCAUGUGUUUCAGUUUUCGCAACACUAAGACCAGGGGGCUAUCUGGCACCCUGGACUCCACUACUGCGACCCCCCAGUACAAAAGAGGGGGCUACCCCAGUGCUGCUCAUGUGCCAGAGUGCAGCGAUAGUCACGAGUUGGAAACGCUAAUGCCCUCCGCAGGCCAAGAAUGUAGUCAACCGUCAGCAGGAGCCCCAGAGGAGCAGAGCCUGAUGGCAAGUGCCAACUCCGAGGAUGGAGGGGAGGGUCUAGCACCUGAAACCAAGGCUGCUUGGAACGGCUCUGUGAGUCAUAACUGGGCCAACAGAAUCACUCGAUAUCGGGACACCGUCACUGAAGACUCCCCGGGAUUCAUCGCUGGAGGUCUCCAUGUAACUAACGAUAACGUAACGGACGGUCCAUCCAUGAGCAGUAACCAGGUGGAGGCGGAGGUUAUCGUCCACUCCGGGCUGUCAGAUCCAGACAACGUGCAGACCAAGGAGAUCUGUGGACAUAGGAAGGACUCCAAAGCCACCUGUGGACCUUCAUUAGCAGAGGACAGAUUUCUGCCUCUGGCCCUGCCCGCAGAGGGGACGUAUCCCCCUGACAAACACUCGCUGGCUCAAAGCCCGCAGAGCCUUCCCUCUACUAAUUUGGCAGCGAACCACAACGGGGAGCCGGAAGACGGAGGGAUAGAGGCGGGUCACGCUGAGCCAAAGCACACCCCGGGGCUAACUAAUGGCUUCCACUCCCCGAAGACGCUGCGGCCUGUGACGAAGUCCGGGGAAAACGGGGACGUGAGACACUGUCCUUCUGCCCAUGCAAAGACCAUCUCUGGGGGUAUGACUUCAGCCCCCUUUGUCAGUUCUGGCCUGGUCCACUCUACCUCAGUAGCACACACGUACCUGUGUCCCUAGUCUCUGCAUGCGGGACACGCUCUUACCCAGGAUGAAUGUUUGGACGCACCUCAUCAACGGAUCCUUUUCUUUUGUACCGCUUCUUUCAUACAGGAUCUUUUUAGAGAUAGUGUUUUUUUGGGGGUAUGCAUAACAACCAUACAUUCCUCUAGGCUGUGGAAGGCCACCUCUCAACGCUCGCCCACUCGUUGUCUACGCUUGAGAGUGGCGCCGAGGAAGCGUCUCUCCAGCCUCAUGCUGUCUCAGGGUCACGAUACUGGAAUGUGCCAUUUUAUGCCAUCUUGAACACACUUCUUGUAAAUCUGCAGGUUAGUAUUUCAAAUGCACAACAGGAAACCAUCUUUUUGUGUUACAAGGGAGGAUUUGGGCCACGUCAAAAGAAAACAAACAAAACAACAAACAAAAAAACACAGGAAAAAAGUCAUAAUAUUACGAGAAAAAUAAUCCAAGAAACGUUUACCUCACUGAAAACAAGUAAUCUUAAGAAGGUAUGACAAAAUUCCCAAGAGGCGGGAUUUGUUUAUUUUUUUAAAUAGUACAAUUAUGUGAAAGUUCGUGAGAUGAGGUAAUUUUAAUAAGUAAAAAAUGUGAAAACCCCACGCAAUUAUCAUUCGAUAUUGGUUAACUUGACCAACACAUUUACUUUAUGGUCAUGAAGCUACGACUUUAUCACGUACACUUCCGAUUUUUUUUUAUUAUCAUCAGAUUAAAACUAAGUACAUUUUUCCUUAAAAAAACAACAACUAUCCAUCCAUCUUUUAUUAUCCCUUUCGGUCAGCUGCACUGGGGCGGAAGACGGGAUACACCCUGGACAAGUCUCCCGCUUAUCGUGAGGAAAAAAGGACACCAUUUUUUAGAGAUAACAACUUUUUUGGUUAAAAAAAAUCUAUAUAUCUUUUUUGUUUGGCUUUCUACAGGCAGCAGUUAUUUUUGUCUGAUAAAUACGACUUUAUUCUCACAAGAUUAUGUCCUAAUUAUCGUUGAAAAAAAUGUUAAAUUUUUCUGAAAUAAUAACUUAAUUAUGGUAAGAGUACAAUUUUUUAGAGCGAAAAUGUGACGUUAUUGUCGUAAGGUUGCAUCUUUUCUCAUAAUUUUUUUUUCUCAUAACAUUAUCAUGGCUGUAUUCUCCGAAGAUUCCAAAGUAUUUUUUUCUUUUCUAUUGAUAUUGAGAAUAAGCAGUCGAAGAUGGAUGGAUGGCUAUUAUAACUUAAUUCUUGUAAGAUUACAGUUUUAACAGAGGAAAUGUGACUACUAUCAUAAGGUUAUUUCUCCAAAAAUAUAUAUUCUUAUAGUAUUGAAAAAUACAUUUUCAUGAUCAUAACUGUAUUCUUGGAUGAUUCCAAAGUUUAGUUUUUUCUAGUGACAUAACGUGAUUCUUGUUUUAGAGAGGGAAUGCGACUUUGUUAUCAAAAACUUACGUCACGAAAAAUACAUAUUUUCUCGUAAUGUUGAAAAAAAAUUCUCAGAACAUUAUCAUAGGUGUAGUCUCAGGAGAUUCUGAACGUUUUAUUUCUAGUGACAUUAUGACUUAGUUCUCAUAAGAUUACAGUUUGUCAGAGAGAAAAUUUGUCGCAAUCAUUUCUCGUUAAUAAAAGUGUUUUUUCUUAUAACAAUAUCAUAGCUGUAUUCGCUAAAGAUUCCAAAGUACUUUUUUCUGAUGACGUUUUAAUCAAAUUAUUGUAAAGGAACAGUUUUUAGAGAGAAAUUUUUACUUUACUGUUGUUAGGUUGUGUCUCAAAAAAAUUUAUAUUUUCUUGUAAUUAAAAAAAAAUAAUUCUCAUAACAUUGUCAUAACUGUAAUCUUGGAAGAUUCGAAAGUUGUUUUUUUUAGCGACUCCAUAAUUUAAUUUUCAUAAGAUUACAGUUUUUUUUAGAGUGAGAAUACAACUAUUGUCGUAAGGUUACGUCUUUUCCCGUAAAUAAAUGUUGUUUUUCUCAUUACAUUAUUAUAGCUGUAUUCGCCAAAGAUUUUACUUUUUUUCUAUUGAGGUUUUAACCGAAUUCUUGUAAGAUUACAGUUUAUGGGAAAAAAAUAUGAUUUCAUUGUAGUAUGGUUUCGUCUCGAAAAAAUGUAUCUUUUUUUAUUAUACAUAAAAAAAUAUCAUAUCAUUGUCACAACUGUAUUCUCAGAAGAUUGCAAAAAGGUGUUUUUCUAGUAACAUGACUUAAUUUUCAUAAGAUUACAGUUUUUUAGAUAGAAAAUGCGAUGACUGUCGUAAGAUGCUUCUUUUCUCAUAUUUUUUUUCUCAUAACAUUAUCAUAACUGUUCCUAAAUACUUUUUUCUAGUGACAUUACUUCAUUCUCGUACAGUUUUUAAAGAGAAAUUCGACUUUAUUGUUGUAAAGUUACGUCUCAAAAAACUACUUGUUUUUUCAUAAGAUUUAAAAAAAUUCUCAUAACAUAAACGUAACUGUAUUUUCAAAGAUUCCGAAAAAAUGUUUGUGACAUAAGUUAAACAUUUCUUCUUUUUCGUUUUUUACAGACAAAAUGCGACUAUUGUCGUAAAGUUACAUCUCGAAAAAUAUUUUCUCGUAAUAUCUCCUAAUAGUGUACUCUUUUUUUCCUCAACAUUAUCAUAACUUAAUUAUCGGAAAAAUCUAAAUAUUUUUCGUGACAUAAGUUAUAAGUUAUUGUUGUUGUUGGUUUUUUUACAGAGAAAAUGUGACUAUUGUUGUAAAGUUACGUCUCAAAACAUCUUUUCUCAUAAUAUCUCCUAAUAGUGCACCUUUUUUCCUUCAACAUUAUCAAACCCUAAUUAUCAGAAAAAUCUAAAAAAUUUUCGUGACAUAAGUUUUAAAUUUUGGGUUUUUUUUUUUACAGACAAAAUGCGACUAUUGUUGUAAAGUUUCGUCUCGAAAAAUCUUUUCUCGUAAUAUCUCCUAAUGUACUUUUUUUUCCUCAACAUUAUCAUAACUUAAUUAUCGGAAAAUUCUGAAUUUUUUUUUGUGACAUGAUUUAUAAGUUAUUGUUGGGUUUUUUUUACAGAGAAAAUGUGACUAUUGUUGUAAAGUUACGUCUCGAAACAUCUUUUCUCAUAAUAUCUCCUAAUAGUGCACCUUUUUUCCCUCAACAUUAUCAAACCUUGAUUAUCGGAAAAAUCUAAACAUUUUUCAUGACAUAAGUUAUAAGUUUUUGGGGGUUUUUUUACAGACAAAAUGCGACUAUUGUUGUAAAGCUUCGUCUCGAAAAAUCUUUUCUCGUACUAUCUCCUAAUGGUGUACUUUUUUUUUCCUCAACAUUAUCAUAACUUAAUUAUCGGAAAAUUCUGAAUUUUUUUCAGCAACAUGAGUUAUAAGUUAUUGUUUUGUUUUUUUACAGAGAAAAUGUGACUAUUGUUGUAAAGUUACGUCUCGAAACAUCUUUUCUCAUAAUAUCUCCUAAUAGUGCACCUUUUUUCCCCUCAACAUUAUCAUAACUUAAAUAUUGAAAAAACCUAAACAUUUUUCGUGACAUAAGUUAUAAGAUUUUUGGGUUUUUUUUUACAGACAAAAUGCGACUAUUGUUGUAAAGUUUCGUCUCGAAAAAGCUUUUCUCGUAAUAUCUCCUAAUGGUGUACUUUUUUUCCCCUCAACAUUAUCAUAACGUAAUUAUCGGAAAAUUCUGAAUUUUUUUUUGUGACAUGAGUUAUAAGUUAUUGUUGGGUUUUUUACAGAGAAAAUGUGACUAUUUUUGUACAGUUACGUCUCGAAACAUCUUUUCUCAUAAUAUCUCCUAAUAGUCCACCUUUUUCCCCUCAACAUUAUCAAACCUUAAUUAUCGGAAAAAUCUAAACAUUUUUCGUGACAUAAGUUAUAAGUUUUUGGGGGGUUUUUUACAGACAAAAUGCGACUAUUGUUGUAAAGCUUCGUCUCGAAGAAUCUUUUCUCGUAAUAUCUCCUAAUGGUGUACUUUUUUUUCCCUCAACAUUAUCAUAACUUAAUUAUCGGAAAAUUCAGAAUUUUUUUUUGUGACAUGAGUUAUAAGUUAUUGUUGUUGUUUUUUUUACAGAGAAAAUGUGACUAUUGUUGUAAAGUUACGUCUCGAAACAUCUUUUCUCAUAAUAUUUCCUAAUAGUGCACCUUUUUCCCCCUCAACAUUAUCAUAACUUAAAUAUUGGAAAAACCUAAACAUUUUUCGUGACAUAAGUUAUAAGAUUUUUGGGUUUUUUUUACAGACAAAAUGUAACUAUUGUUGUAAAGUUUCGUCUCGAAAAAGCUUUUCUCGUAAUAUCUCCUAAUGGUGUACUUUUUUUUCCCUCAACAUUAUCAUAACGUAAUUAUCGGAAAAUUCUGAAUUUUUUUUUGUGACAUGAGUUAUAAGUUAUUGUUGGGUUUUUUACAGAGAAAAUGUGACUAUUGUUGUAAAGUUACGUCUCGAAACAUCUUUUCUCAUAAUAUCUCCUAAUAGUCCACCUUUUUCCCCUCAACAUUAUCAAACCUUAAUUAUCGGAAAAAUCUAAACAUUUUUUGUGACAUAAGUUAUAAGUUUUUGGGGUUUUUUUUACAGACAAAAUGCGACUAUUGUUGUAAAGCUUCGUCUCGAAGAAUCUUUUCUCGUAAUAUCUCCUAAUGGUGUACUUUUUUUUCCCUCAACAUUAUCAUAACUUAAUUAUCGGAAAAUUCUGAUUUUUUUUUAGUGACAUGAGUUAUAAGUUAUUGUUGUUGUUUUUUUUACAGAGAAAAUGUGACUAUUGUUGUAAAGUUACGUCUCGAAACAUCUUUUCUCAUAAUAUUUCCUAAUAGUCCACCUUUUUCCCCUCAACAUUAUCAAACCUUAAUUAGCGGAAAAAUCUAAACAUUUUUCGUGACAUAAGUUAUAAGUUUUUUGGGGUUUUUUUACAGACAAAAUGCGUGUUGUAAAGUUUCCUCUCGAAAAAUCUUUUUCUCAUAAUAUCUCCUAAUUCUGUACUUUUUUUCCUCAACAUUAUCAUAACUUAAUUAUGGGAAAAUUCAGAAUUUUUUUUUUUGUGACAUCAGUUAUAAGUUAUUGUUGUUUUGUUUUUUUUACAGAGAAAAUGUGACUAUUGUUGUAAAGUUACGUCUCGAAACAUCUUUUCUCAUAAUAUCUCCUAAUAGUGCACCUUUUUUCCUUCAACAUUAUCAAACCCUAAUAAUCAGAAAAAUCUAAAAAUGUUUCGUGAUAUAAGUUUUAAAUUUUGGGGGGGGGGUUUUACAGACAAAAUGCGACUAUUGUUGUAAAGUUUCGUGUCGAAAAAUCUUUUCUCGUAAUAUCUCCUAAUGUUGUACUUUUUUUUCCUCAACAUUAUCAUAACUUAAUUAUCGGAAAAUUCUGAAUUUUUUUUUAGUGACAUGAGUUAUAAGUUAUUGUUGGGGUUUUUUUUACAGAGAAAAUGUGACUAUUGUUGUAAAGUUACGUCUCGAAACAUCUUUUCUCAUAAUAUCUCCUAAUAGUGCACCUUUUUUCCCUCAACAUUAUCAAACCUUAAUUAUCGGAAAAAUCUAAACAUUUUUCGUGACAUAAGUUAUAUGUUUUUGGGUUUUUUUUACAGACAAAAUGCGACUAUUGUUGUAAAGUUUCGUCUCGAAAAAUCUUUUCUCGUAAUAUGUCCUAAUAGUGCACCUUUUUUCCCUCAACAUUAUCAUAACUUAAUUAUCGGAAAAUUCCCCCCAAAAUUUUUGUGACAAAAGUUAUACUUUUUUUUUUUUUUUUACAGAUUAAAAGUGACUAUUCUUGUAAAGUUAAAUAAAUGAUAAAUGAUAAAUGGGUUGUACUUGUAUAGCGCUUUUCUACCUUCAAGGUACUCAAAGCGCUUUGACACUACUUCCACAUUAACCCAUUCACACACACAUUCACACACUGAUGGAGGGAGCUGCCAUGCAAGGGUCUCAAAAAAUCUUUUCUCGUAAUAUCUCCUAAUUGUGCACCUUUUUUUCCUGAACAUUAUCAUAACCUAAUUAUCGGAAGAUACAAAAGUUGUUGUUUUUAUCAGAAUAUGACUUUAUUCCUGUAACGUUAAGUCAAUGUUCGGAAAAAUGACUUUUGUCUUGUAAGGCUACGUCACGAAUACCACUUUGUUUCCGUAAGAGUAAAAUUCUGUUCACGUAAGAUUAUGACUUUAUUCAUGUGCAGUUAUAUCACGUGUCUCUCUAACUAGUACUACUUUCUUCUUGCAAUAUUACAACUUUUUUUUCUCGGAACAUCAAAAUAAAAAUUAUCAAAAAAAGGAAACUUUAUUCUUUUAACAUGACAGUUUUUUCUCGAGAAAAUACAAAUUUUUGAUUGUAAUAUUAUUGCUUUUUUUUUUUUCCCUACGCUACGUCUUGAUGUGAAGGUCGUGAUGAGACAUGACACCCACACAGGUGCAGACGGGUCACAACUAGGGAUGCACCAGUGAUUCUAUACUCAACUCAGUUUGUCUCUUCAUAAAUCUGCUCCUAAAAUUUUUUUUAUGUGAUACAAGAAAUAAUCGGUAAUAUUGGUAUACAAAGUGGUCACUGAUGCAUUCCGACUCCUUGUCAACGACACUACCUCGUUUCUCUAUCUGGUUUCCAAUAUGGUUUCACUGCUUCGAUGUAGCUAGCACCUUUUUAAACAUUAUUGAGUGUUUCUGAUUUUAAAGAAGAAAAAAAUGUUUUUGUUUUGACUAGAAGAUUGUUUUAUGGCAUUGUUGGUAGAAAACUGUUGAAAUUACCUACGGCCAUGUUUUCUGCACCGGUAUUUCCUACGCUUCCCUGCAGCCUCGAAUGCAGCUUAGUUCCAAGUUGACAAGAAAACUGCUAGAAAAAAAAUGCAGUUUGUGUUCAUGCCACCUGCAGGCAAUACCAUGAAUUGAUUAACGUGGACCGAGACUUAAACAAGUUGAAAAACUUAUUGGGGUGUUACCAUUUAGUGGUCAAUUGUACGGAAUAUGUACUGAACUGUGCAAUCUACUAAUAAAAGUAUCAAUCAAUCAAAAUAGUUUUGCAUGAAAUUUUUAUACCGGUUGUGUAUUGUUUUUCUGCAACUGAUUUUACAUUUUUUAAUCUUUUUUUUUUUUUUUUUUAAAGAAAAACAAAAAAUCAAAUUGGCUCUAACUAAUUGCCUGCAGGUGUCAGCUUUUUGUAAACAAACUCUCGUAAAUGGUUGCCAUUCAUAGUAGUGUAGUGAUUCUCAAUGCACACUUGAUACCUGAACCGCAUAUAAAAUAUGGAUAACACUUUAGUAUGGGGAACAUAUGAACUGUUACUUAGUUGCUUAUUAACAUAGGGUUGGGGUUGGGGUUAGUUAGUUAAUGGCUUACUGGUUGUAUGAUAAGGCCAUGCAGAAAAAGGCUUUAAUAAGUACUUAAUAAUGUCUAAUUAACAGUCAAUAUCUUCCUAAUUUGCAUGUUAAUAGGCAACUAAUUAUUGGUUCAUAUAGUGUGUGAAUGUGAGUGUGAAUGUUGUCUGUCUAUCUGUCUUAUUGGCCCUGUGAUGAGGUGGCGACUUGUCCAGGGUGUACCCCGCCUUCGGCCCGAUUGUAGCUGAGAUAGGCACCAGCGACCCCAAAGGGAAUAAGCGGUAGAAAAUGGAUGGAUGUUUCCCAAUACUAAAGUGUUACCAAAAUAUGUAUCACCCAGUAAUCAUUUAUUUCAAGUGGUUGCAGUCCAAACAAUAUUUUUUAAAGGUUUUUUAGGGAUUACUUGGCGAGCUUUAUCACGUCACUAUGCUUCAGCUCUUGCUCUUACAUGUUUUUUUUUAGAUUUUUUUUAUUUUUUUUUAAUAUCAGCUCUUUUUAUUUUGUUUUAUUUGAUGUCAUCAACAAUGGUGACUGCAUGUCAGGGUUUCCUAAACCUUUCCAUCUAAUGGUCCCCUAUAAUGCAAAAGUGAGUUUUAAAUAAUAGUCUAAUAGUGAUAUGUCACUCGACUUUGUUUGGAAAAAAAACACAUCUUAAAAUAAACCCCAGCAAUGUGCCAAAUAUCUGUCUGCGAACAAGCAAUUGAGUGCACUACCUGAGGUGCAUUUGAUUGAGUCGCAAUUGCUCUGGGGUCUAUAAAGGCAGGCUUUGCUACACAUCUUAAAAUACAGCUUACUAUCCAUACUAUUUUUCAUGUUAUGUUUUUUUGUCAGUUUUUCUUAGAAAAUAGGGUAACCAAGCAUUAUGUUGCUUGCUGUUAAAAUGUGAUAACGCUGUAGCUCGCAUAGCUAAACUAAUGUCGUCAACAUUUUAUGUUGUUGGACAG